AUGGUCGCAGAUGACCUAGGAAAUCCAGGAAAUAUACGAAGGGAUCUAGAAGAAGAAAUAAGAUGGGCCGAAGAAAAUAAAGCCGAAGGAAUAUUUAUACAUAUGGACCAAAAAAGACAAAAUCUAAAGAAUAUCCAAAGGAAAAAACACAGAACAUUGGUACGCGUCAGGACAAGACUUAGGGGCACUGGCAAAAAAGAUAAAAAACAAUGGAAAAAUAAUAAAGCUAAUAAUGGAAAUGGAAUACCACAGCAUGUUGAAUGUGGGGGAGGAGUCGAUAGACAUGAAGGACUACGAAAGUCAAAAUAUCCCGAAAUAAUAUUGGAAAUACUAAAAGAAACAGACAUACCGAUAAUACUAGAAACACCUGAAGAAGAUUGUGAAAAUGAAAUAAAAAUGAUAAACGGACGAGAUCUAAAUAUGAUAUCAUACCUAAGGAAACUACUACAGGAAGAACCUGAAAAAAUAUACAAAAGAAUAGGAAAAAGAAUGAACGAAGAAGAAAAGGAAUUAACAAAGAAAAUAAUAAACGAACCAAAUGAUGAAAAGAAACGAAAUAUUUACUAUGAAUACUUAAAUAGUGGAUCGGAAGAACAACGGGCAGUAGCAAUGAGACAAAUACGAGAAAAAAAGGUAGAUAUGAAAAUACCAAACCUACCAACUGGAAUAGAAGGAGACGAACCAGAUAACAAUGCAGCAACAGGAAACACCGUAAACUAUAGAGGAACUGCGAGCGUAGCAGACACGGCUGAAGGAAAUAGAUGGAGAGACGGAUUACAACUAAUAAACGGAAAAUUAAACAAUUCCAACAGGACAUUGCGAAGAAGCUAUGCAUGUAUAAGGCAAUUAGCAACGGGACUGACAGGACCAGCACAAAAAGCAUGGACAUAUCUCAGUGAAAAGGAUCAACCAAGGACAUUGGAAAAAAGUAGAAAUGAAGAGUCAAGAGCACAUCAGGAAUGGACAGAAAUGAAGAGCAGUAGAAGUAACAGCACUAGGCAACAGGACACUCGUACAUCAAUACAAACUAGCAAUGCUAUGGGAAAUGAAGUAAUGACAUACGUGACAUCACAACUACAAAGUCAAGGACCGGAAAGGGUGUACGCAAACCAUGAACGGAAAAGAGAAAUCAAUAACACUUAUAAAAUAAACUUUGAAGGAAAGGGAGGAGGACGAAUGAAUGGAAGCGGAAUUUUCAAAGGAGGAUUCGAAGGAAGAGUAACAUAUUAUAACUGUGGAAAGACAGGGCAUAUGGCAAAAGAAUGCCGAGGAAAGAAAUUUGGACACACAUCAGCAAACUGUCCAAAUAAAAAAGCAGAAGAACAUGAAAAGAAUCUACGAUGCCAUAAGUGUGAAGGAAAUGGACACAUGGCAAAAAGACAUGACGAUUGA